GUGGUCAAUUCCGUCAAUGCAAUGUAAGUUAUUUAUAUUCCAUUUUGUUUGUUUUGAACAAACUGAAUUUCGAGCUACAACAUUUGUAUGAAGUACUUUCGCUCUUUUUUAAGAUAUAGUCCAAAAAUUAUGAAAAUGGAAACUUCUUCGACUGCAACGAGUCAAAAGUGUAUUAAGGAAGGGCAGGCGGAGAUACGCCUUGCAUCAGAAAAAGUUUUCUACAACCCAGUACAAGAAUUCAAUAGAGAUUUAAGCAUAGCAGUGUUGAGUGUUUUUACUAAGGAUUAUAUUGAAGAAAAGCUCGCGAGGGCUGCGAAAAGUGUUAAGAAAUCAGAAGAUAUUGUUGAAGAUGUGACCGGAAAUAACUCUGAGAUUCCUGUAACAGUCCUUGAAGCCCUAUCCGCAACAGGUCUCAGGAGUGUACGUUAUGCGAAAGAAGUGCCAAAUGUUACGAAAAUAAUAGCCAAUGACCUAUCUGAGCAAGCUGUGGAGACCAUCAGGUCGAAUAUUGUACACAAUGGUGUAGAGGGACUUAUAGAAACUAGCCAUGAUGAUGCUUGCAUGGUAAUGUACAAACAUAAGUUACCAAGCAAAAGGUUUGCAGCCAUCGACCUCGACCCGUACGGCUGUCCGUCUAUCUUCCUCGAUUCUGCAGUUCAGAGUGUGCAGGACGGAGGCCUGUUGCUUGUCACGGCGACUGACAUGGCGGUUUUGGCGGGAAACUCGCCCGAGACAUGCUACUGUAAAUAUGGUGCCGUCAGUCUGAAGACUAAAUCUUGCCAUGAAAUGGCACUCAGAAUCCUACUGCAAUGUAUAGAGCAACACGCAAACCGGUACAGUCGGUACAUAGUGCCCCUACUGAGUAUAUCCGCAGACUUUUAUAUACGAGUCUUCGUCAAAAUUUACUCUGGGGCCAUACACUGUAAGAAAACUACCAGCAAAUUAUCUAUGGCGUUCCACUGCGUGGGCUGCGACAACAUUACCCUGCAGCCACUGGGCGGGUUCAAACCGAAUCCCACGGAGAAGAACCCACAACAGAUGAAAGCCUUUUUACCACCUGCCCCUGCCGUUGGAGAACAUUGCGUGCAUUGUAAUCAGAGGCACCAUCUAGGUGGUCCAAUAUGGUCAGAUCCGAUCCACGACGAUGUUUUCGUGACCCGCGUCCUCAGCCACGUGCAGGGCAACCCCGGCCUGUUCGGCACGGCCAAGCGCAUCCAGGGCGUCCUGGCGAUGGUCCGGGAGGAGUUGCCAGACGUUCCGCUGUACUACACACUGGACAAACUGUUCGGGAGGGUGCACUUGGAAACCAUGCCCAUGUUAACCUUGAGGUCUGCGAUCCUUAACGCGGGGUACAAAGUGUCCUACUCACACGCUGCUAAGCUGUCAAUAAAGACCGCUGCGCCGGCGCAGGUCAUAUGGGACAUCAUACGCACGUGGGAAAAGACGCACCCCAUCAAACCUGCCAAAUUAGAAUCGGAUCCUGUCGCAAAGCACAUACUGUCGCAAGACAUCAGAAGUGGGAUCGACCUGAGCGAGCGUCCGGAUGCUAACCCCAUAAGUCGCCGCGACGGUCAACUGCGCUUUCAGUUCAACCCGACACGGCACUGGGGACCCGGAUCUAGAGCUGCUGUUAAUAUCGGCGAAGAGAAGAUCUCGAAGGCGAUACGUAAUCAAAAUAAAUACAGCAACAAAGAUAAAACCGCUGAAAAACGAGGACACUCACCGUCCAAUCAAGACGAUUCACACAAAAAAUCCAAUGUUAAUUUUGAACAAACUGUUAUGUGAAUAAAAUUAAAUGCGAUAAUUAAG